AAUUUUUGUUUGAAGAAAAAAAGUAGUUGAUGUUUUAAAAUAUCGGCCUUUCGAUUCACUUGAAUACAUUUCCAAAAAAUCGGUAGCUUGUUUUUCUUGGGAAAUCAUCCCAAUUUCGCUAUAAAUUGAGAAGAUGGGCGAUUGCUGUGAAGAUCCAAUGACAAUGUGCCGGGUCGUUUGCCCCAAGCCCCGCCGGGUCGCCCCGCUCAAUCUCAACACUAUUUCCAGAUUUCACAUUCGUAAUGAUUCCGAAUCGAAUCACGGUGCUGAUCUCCUAGGGCUAAUCCUUCGCCAGGACUACAAUGAAGCAGAGCGAUGUGGAUAUCUAGCAUCAUCGCCUCCAUUUUCGUUUGGAUCGCCUCCAACCAGAACUCAAAACCCUGUGGUUCAAGAUGCAGAUUUCUGGGUUGAAAAGCUGACAUUUGAUUCAUCUUCGGAGGAGCAAUUCACAAAUUUGGGGAAGAAACAAGCAGCUAAUAGAUCCAGAUUGCAAGGUUUUUGACUGCCAUUUCAUCCUCCAUACAUAGCAAAAUAAUUUUGAUCUCUUGAAAAAACCUCAACAAGUCAAACUGAGAAAUUAAGCUAAUUUCUUGAGAAAUGUAUAUUCCUUAUUGUUUCCAACUACUGUAAAGAGCGUAUUAGUAAAUAUAUGUAUAGCAUUUUGAAGCUAAUCUCAUGAUUCAUCAA